CGCUCCACGUUGGUUCAGUAUCCGUUGUACGUUCGCUUUGCGUGGAGUGUUGGGCCGUUCGCGUGCUCAUUCGUUUGUUUACGCUCGCAUCGAUCGUUCGUGCUGUGGUUCGGUUUGCGCUCGCGACGGACACGCGUUGGCCUGCAAGGUGUGCACAAAUUGGCCGUCGGGUGAUGAAUGAGCGCGUUCAUCAUACUAAAGUGGUUACAUUUGAAGUGGUUCUACAAUUUAAGAGGUUCAAAAAUAGUACCAAAAAGUGAUUGUAAACGAAACGCGAAGGAAACUACUUGACAAAGCACUGCCUUUGUAAGGAUAGGCAGAAGAAAAUAGGUCUGGUGACGCUGGUAUGCUAGAAAAUCGUAGAAUUAUCACCUCCCAGCUGAGAAACGUCAACAACAAGAUCAAAAGGUAACAGCCGAGCAACGGUUUGUUAGCUGCAUUAAAUACAACCAAGGAACGAGUAAGAAAUAAACCAAAUGCAAACUGAUAGAUAAUUGAAUUUGCACCCCACGCGCGGACUUGCUUGCAGAGUGAAGUGCAUUCCAGGGCUCAGUGCAGUAUCGGCACCAGCUUCAGACCCCACUGGUGAAGUGUUACGAGUGUACCGCGUUCGAACGACGCGUCAAGGAGCGAGAUUGUGAAGUGUUAAAAUUAACGUUGCUCUCGUUCGCGUUCAAUUAACAAUCCGUGCACCGCACUGUAUCCUCGCGUAUGUGACCCUGUGUGUAUAUUCACGUGUGUGUGUGUUUGUGUGUGUAUAGCUCUACUCUGUGUAGUGUGUGUAGGUGCAUCUAGGUGCGGUUGGCAAGUGUGCUGUGAAGUAUGGAUUGGGCGAGCUUGAGUGAAUUAUGCAACUGUGCUAGAAAUAUACAUAUUGUGGGCAAAUAUUUUCCAAUCCACUCAGGCUCGGUGCUCCGCUUUUUCAAUUAGCCGCAAUUAGUCGCUCGGAGAGAGAGAGAGAGAGAGAGAGAGAGAGAGAGAGAGAGAGAGAGAGAGAGAGAGAGAGAGAGAGAGAGAGAGAGAGAGAGGAGGCUUCGAGUCUUAUCGCUAACAGCCGAAAGGAAGAAAAAGAAGAAACAGAAAAAAACACAGCGGCCACUCAAACACGAAAACCGAUACGCCAUUUGAUAGGAAAUUGUGCACAAUUAUCGGCCGCUUGCAAGCCCGCAGGAUUCCAGCCAGCAGCAGGUUUGAAGUAGCAGCAAAACGUUCCAGUUUGUAGCUUCAGCAAUCGAGGAUCGCACUCAGUCAGCACCAUCCCAUUUGCUGCAAUUGCACGCGUGUGCGUGUGUGUGUGUGUGUGUGUGUGUAGAAAAACAGGCCUCGCUCGCGCAACGGUGCGAGCGCGUAAUACCGGUUCAAAAUUUACAACAUCGCACGGCUUGCGAACCUAGAUCAGCCCAGUCGACCAAUGGGCAUAUCGGACGAGGGCAGCCGGCUGGAGGAUAUCGGACCCCAUGAGGCACGGCCACCGCAGGGCAGCCCACUGGAGCGCAGCGCUAGCACCGGCCAACUGAUGGGGAGCAGCGGGGGCGACCCGAACAGCCCACUGUCCGAUCCGCACAGCGACGACGGCGGGGACGAUUUCGCGCCGAAGCGGAAGCAGCGCCGGUACCGGACGACCUUCACGAGCUUUCAGCUGGAGGAGCUAGAGAAAGCGUUCUCGCGCACGCACUAUCCCGAUGUGUUUACGAGGGAAGAGCUAGCGAUGAAAAUAGGGCUCACCGAGGCUCGGAUACAGGUUUGGUUCCAGAACCGGCGGGCAAAAUGGCGCAAACAGGAAAAGGUCGGACCGCAGGGACAUCCGUACAAUCCGUACCUGGCGAGCGCGGGCCAGGUCCCGUCGGCGACCGUCGUCGCCCCGUCGCUGCCGCCGAACCCGUUCAGCCAUCUUGGCUUCAACCUGCGCAAACCGUUCGAUGCGGCGAGUUUGGCCGCGUUCCGCUAUCCAUCGCUCGGUGGCAGCCACAUGCUGCCGUCCGCCUACUUCAACCAGUUCCACCGUGUCUCACCGUUAUCUUCCUUCGUUGACGAAUUUUGCAGAGCGCCACCGCCACCGCUGCUGCCACCGGGCGUCGGUACGUUCUACACCCCGUCCGCCUCCUUCCAGACGCUGCUGGCGAACAUUUCCGCGGCCCAGCGAGCGCCCCCCGCCAUGCCCUCGAAGCCACCGACGUCCGGGGUGGACUAUAUGCCACCGGGACCGCCGGGCAUUCCGCCACCGCCGCCGCCCGGUUCCCAGGUGCCUACGUCGCCCGCUUCACCGCCCAUCUCGCCGACCGCCCUGCCGCCCGUCGUGCCAGUUCCUCAGGCCGCACUGCCGGCUCCACCGCAGCCACCGUCGGGGUCGGCGUCACCACCGCAGGCCGACCGGCGCAGUUCGUCGAUCGCCGCGCUGAGGCUGAAGGCCCGGGAGCACGAGCUGCGGUUGGAGAUGCUCCGCCAGAACGGACACAGUGAUAUCUUAAGCUAGGCAAAGCAGCACUAAAACCCACCGGCGAGCAUACGCACAAAGAUCACGUGUAGUUGUUUUGUACUUAAAGUAAGCCGAUCGUAAGUGAUCGCGAGCCACAGCUAGAAGCAAUAGAAUCAAACCUGGAAACUCUGUACUCAAUAGAAUAAGCUGCAUGCAUUCCAACCCGAUCCGGCCUGCAUUUCGGCCAAACACAGGUCGACAUCAUUAGGACACUCAAUUAAUCAAAUUGGAACGGGGAAUGGGGUCCACCAGCAAACACGCAUCGGGUGGCACGGUCCAAAUUAAGUCUUCGGGCAGGCUUCCCUCCCGUACACCCGAUCGGACAAUCAAAACUCGCUUUCUCGUAUGAUACAACCUUCCUUUCCUGCCCGUUUUGGGCAAGAUUUCUCGUAAGACACUCCUAUAAUUACUCGUUUCCCGGGAAGUAGAGGGAGUCCGGCGCGGCUCACCCCGAGGGCGAUACGGCUUCUGUAUUGCUGCGUGCCAUCGUGCUAGCGUGACAAACGUCAACAGCACAGUGGUCACUUUCUGUGUCCGUGAGCAAACGUUGUAAAUUGCCGCAAAUUACACAACACAUUUCGGGACCUUCCAGGCAGUUCGAUUUCAAUGAAACGUCAUCUAGACACGUCACCGACACGGGGGACGAUCGGCCGGCGAGUCGAGCGUGUCCAUGAAUGAAACUCCUAAACUCCACUCCACGAAAUCAUCCGCCAGUACCGAAAAACCUUCCGCUGCCGAAUCAUUUACGUUUUAAUGCCAACCGUUGCUGCCGCCGGUCUUUUGAUAGCGUAUUUUUCGCAUUCGCAACGUUAUGAUUAUAACCAUUAUCACCAUGCGAUUCGGCAGUGGGAUUCCCGAAUGGAGCGCGAUUCGGACCCGGGAUGCAGGGUAGAAACGUUAAUGAAAGAUGGAGUCUUCUUGGGUAGAGGGAGGUAACCGGGGAACAGCUUCUGGUUUUCCGCACUGAUGCGCUCUGGAUGGCCGACUGCCCGGAAGCAAUCUGGCACACGGAAUAGGAACCUGAGAGAGUGUGGGCUGGCAGGGGAGUUAAUUUUCAUUUUCAUUCUAAAAAUGCCUUUGCUGAUGGACUCAUCGUUUCAGAGCGAAUCAAAAGUUUCUUAAUUAAUGGAGCGAAAUAGCGCCCGAAAAUCCGACGGUUUCAAGGAUUCAAGAUUGAAAUACAAAUUCCUCUUUUAGCAGAAUCGUAUAAAUCACAGCACAAGAAGAUAAUAAAGAGAAGAAGAUUCCUAAUUUGAAGAGGUGGAAUGGUGUACAAAGCAAAUUGGCUCUAGUUUUAUAGUACUUUACCUAAAAGUGUUGAUACUUUAAUUCCUUACUUCACUUCAAGACCCUACGCGAUAGUGUCAGUAGCAAUAGAAAGCUCAAUUUGAGUGCAUUAAGCAUAGUAGAAAAGGCAAGCGUCAUGGAGAGUACUUAAAAAGUGUACAUAAAAGCGUGAUGAGCCGAUCGUCGACGAUCGAACACGACCACAAAGUGUACCAGUGUAGUAGCAGUGCUUAGCUUUUAUUGUAGCCAGUUAGCCUAUGCGCGCCGUACUAUUAUUAUCAUCAUUUUACUCCGAGAAAGAUUGUAAAUAGAUUGAAAUGUCACGCGCGUACGCGUAUUUGGUUGGACAGUAGAGGUAAGUUGUUUUUGAUUGCUGAAAAAAUAAACUAUUUAAAGAAACA